CUUCCGCUUUCAACUUUGACACAUGACUGAAGGAUCCUCAUAACAGUGAAAAAUUUGGCGUUUCUUUUAUACAUUAACAAGUAAAAUGACUAAAGAAAAUUUAUGUGUACAGUUCCUGAAGUAGGUGAUGCGGCGUGUCGCAGAGCGCCUUGAGUGGAAUGACAUCGCCUCGGCUCCCGUGAUUAUUAAGCAGUAAAUAGUAGUCCCACUCAUGCAAAAUGGAGGAUUGUUUUGAAUCUCCAGAUUCCUCCUCUGACGAUCAUCGUCGCCCUUUGCUGCACCGUAGUGACAGCUGUAAAGUUGAACACGCUCCUGCCUGCUGUUCCUCGCGCUACAACCUGGCCCUGCUCUCCUGCUAUGGCUUCGUCGUGGCCUAUGCUCUGCGCGUCAACCUCAGCGUUGCCAUGGUGGACAUGCUGGACGUCAAAACGAACAGCAACACCAGCUCCUCCGUGUGCCCCAUGCAGGAGGGACGCGCCGAGUCCAAACGCAACCACACGGCACCUGUGUACGACUGGAACUCGGAAACGCAAGGGUGGGUCCUGGGCUCCUUCUUCUAUGGCUACAUCGUGACCCAGUUACCUGGCGGAUACCUGGCGCGAAAGUAUGGCUCCAAGUGGCUUCUGGGCCUGGGCAUCCUGUGCACUGUCUUAUUCACUCUGCUCACUCCGCUGGCCGCCAGCCUGGGAGCCCCGUAUCUCAUCGCCGUGCGAGUUCUGGAGGGCGUCGGAGAGGGGGUAACGUUUCCUGCCAUGCACGCAAUGUGGGCGUCUUGGGCCCCGCCCCUGGAGAGGAGCCGCCUGUUAACUAUCUGCUAUACAGGUUCCCAGUUAGGUACAGUGUUGGCCCUUCCCUUAUCUGGUCUGAUUUGCUUUUACCUGGACUGGACAUAUGUUUUUUACCUCUUUGGUGCCGUCGGGCUGCUGUGGUUCUUGCUCUGGUCGUGCCUAGUGAGCAACACCCCAGACACACACCGGACGAUCUCAGAGAAGGAACGGCUCUACAUCACGACGUCUCUGAAGAACGAGAUUUCCACCACCACGAGCCACAUUCCCUGGGCGUCCAUCUUCACUUCCUUGCCUGUGUGGGCAAUUAUCGUACCACACUUCUGCUACAACUGGACCUUCUACACCCUUCUGGCUCUGCUGCCCACCUACAUGAAGACCGUCCUGGGUUUCAGCAUCCAGCAGAACGGGAUGCUGUCAGCGCUGCCGUACCUGGGCUGCUGGGUCCUGGCACUGCUGGGGAGUCAUCUAGCGGACCUGCUGCGGGAACGAUGGCUCGUCCCCACUGUGGCUGUGCGUAAAAUCUUCACCCUCAUAGGAAUGAUUGGGCCAGCGGUGUUCCUGGUGGCAGCGGGCUACACCGGCUGCAACUAUGUGAUGGCAGUGGCUUUCCUCACCGUGUCCUCCACCCUGGGUGGCCUCUGCACCUCCGGCUUCAGCAUCAACCAGCUUGACAUCGCCCCUUCGUACGCUGGGAUUUUACUUGGAAUCUCAAACACGUUUGCCACCAUACCAGGAAUGGUAGGGCCUGUGAUAGCUAAAGCUCUGACAUCAUCUAACACAAUACCUCAGUGGAGGGUGGUGUUCUACAUCUCUGCUGCCAUCAACGUGUUUGGGGCAGCUUUUUUCACCAUCUUUGGAAAGGGCAAGAUCCAGCCCUGGGCAGUUCCAGACACCCACGUCCACUGAGAGUGAAGAAACUGAGGUGCCAUUCUCACCCCAAUCACUCUGCCUUCAGGGGGCGCCCUUGGACAUUACUGACUCAUGGAGGUCUUUAAGGCAGUAAUAUUAUCAUAAUUGCUUUAUUUGUCUGUCUAAUUCAUUAUGUUUAUUCACUUUACAGUUUGUGGAAUAUUUUCAGGGAUGUCAUGGGUAGUGAAGGGUGGAAAAGCUGUGGACCAGGUGGUUCUUAAUGUUUUUUUCUGUUACUGGUUUUGAAGAAAUCAAGUUAUUUUAUAUCCGUUUCAUUCAGUAUAUUAUAAAAGCAGUAAGAUCCUGUGUGUUAUAAAAACCACACAAUUACAUUCUGGUUAAUAAAAAACCUCAAGCAAAGUGGGAUUCGGGUGAAUCAUGUUAUUGUUCAUGAUGAAAACGACAUUUUUGUUGUAUUGUCAGUCAGUCUUGAUGCUAUUAGCUAUAUGGCACCCAGAUGUGGAAGAUUCGGUUUCAGAAAUCACAAAUCCACCAAGGUUUUGUUUCAACUGACCAGUCAGAUUACUCAACCAGAAUUUUCCACCUCUGAUGGCACAUGGUAAAUUUCUCCACGUUACACUGUAAAGGGAUGUAGAAGGUGAAAUUAUUUUAAAUGGUGGAAAGUAAAGUAAAAAAGAGAGGACUGCUUUCCCUAAACCAUAGCAAAUGUCAAAGAAUAUCAAUGUAUAUGUAAAAUACCUGAUAAUAAAACCAGUCCAGUGUUCAUAAA